AUGCGUGGACUCGCCAUCGUCGCUUCCGCCUUGUGCGUUAGCUAUGUCUCCGCGCAAGGAGCUGUAUGCUUCGACGACCUGGACUGCCUACUAUCGGGAGGGCAAAAUGCGAAGUGUGUGAGAGCACAGGCCGGAGGGCUGACUGGCAACUGCGCUGGCGGCACAGCUGCUGGUGCACCGGCUGCAGGAGCAGCCGGUGCUGCCCCGGCCAAGGGCAAGGGCAAAAACGCCGCUGCCGCCGAUCCUAUUGGAGCGCUCCUUGGUGGUCUCACGGGAGCCAAGGCCAAGGGCAAGACAGCCGGUGCCGCCGCUCCGGCUGCUGCUCCGGCGACUGCCAAGGGCAAGAAGGCAAAGUCUCCAGCCCUCGGUGCCAGACAAGCUGCUACGGCACCGGCAGCUGGAGCUGCACCGGCAGCAGCUCCUCCCCCCGCUGCUGCCCCUCCCCCCGCUGCUGCCCCUCCCCCCGCUGCUGCCCCUCCUCCCGCCGCCGCACCGGCACCCGCAGCUGCACCGGCUGCGGACCCAAUCGGCUCAGUUCUUGGAACUCUGACCGGCAAGACCAAUGGCCAGCCUGCUGGUGGGGCUGCCCCGGCCGGUAGCCAAGCCGCUGACCCUAUUGGCACUGUCCUCGGAACUGCUGCUGGUGUUCUUAAGGGGAAGGGUGGCCAGCCGGCUGGUGCCGCUGCUCCUGCUGGCAGCCAAGCCGCAGAUCCUAUCGGAGCUGUUUUGGGCACCGCCGCCGGAGUGCUUAAGGGCAAGGGACAACCUGCUAAUGCUGCUGCUCCCGCUGGUAAUGCCGCUGCCAACCCUCUGGCCGCCCCUCUGAACACUGUUCUCGGCGCAGCUGCAGGUGUCCUUAAGAAGAAGGGAGCGGCUACUCCUAAUGCUGCCGCUCCGGCCGCCGGUGCUGCAGCCCCACCACCUGCGGCCGCCCCGGCCCCGCCCGCCGCAUCCCCGGCCAAGCCUGCACCCGCCGCCCCGGCCGCUCCCGCUGGAUCAAAGCCUGCUGCCGCCCCGCCCGCGGCUCCAAAGCCCCCGGCUGCCGCUCCUCCGGCCAACCCUCCUGCUGCUGCGCCCAAGGCACCCGCAGCUGGCAGCCCUGCUCCUCCCCCAAAUGCGGCCCCAAAGCCAGCGGUACCUGCCCCUAAGCCUGCGGCUCCUCCUGCUGCAGCUCCUCCUCCGGCUCCCGCUGCUAGCAAGCCUGCUCCUCCCCCGAACGCAGCUCCUAAGCCUGCGGUACCUGCUCCUCAGCCUGCUGCCCCACCGCCAGCUCCCGCUGCCAGCAAGCCGGCCCCUCCCCCGAACGGUGCCCCUAAGCCCGCCACACCGCCUGCUGCUGCCCCUCCUCCGGCCCCGGCCGCUGGUAAGCCGGCACCGCCUCCGGCCGCAGCCCCAGCACCCGCCCCUGCUGCUCCCCCCGCCGGACAACCUGCCGCGGCUCCCCCUGCUUCUCCCCCGAAGCCUGCUGCCCCUCCCGCCGCUGCACCUCCACCUCCGGCGGGCAAGUUUGUGCGCGUCCGUUUCUAG